GGGGGCUGGCGGCGAGAGGAGCCGGACGCUGCCCCGGGACGAGCCGGACGCCCCGCGGCGGCUGCAUGGCGCUGUGCCCGGCGCCCGAGGCCCGCGUGCGCCUGGUGUUCUUGGGGGCGGCGGGCGUGGGCAAGUCGGCGCUGAUCCGCCGCUUCCUGCAGGACACGUUCGAGGCGCGGCACCGGCGCACGGUGGAGGAGCUGCACCGGCUGGAGCUGGAGGCGGGCUCCGGGCUGCGCCUCUGCCUGGAGAUCCUGGACACCAGCGGCAGCUACAGCUUCCCGGCCAUGCGGCGCCUCUGCAUCGGCCGCGCCGACGCCUUCGCCCUGGUCUACUCGCUGCAGGAGCCCGACUCCUUCGCCGAGGUGCAGCGGCUGCGGGACGAGAUCCUGGAAGCCAAGCGGGGCGCGGUGCCCAUCGUGGUGGUGGGGAACAAGAGCGACCUGGCGCCGGGCGCGCCCGACCCGCGCAUCGCCGCUGCGCAGCGGGACUGGGGCUGCGCCUGCCUGGAGGCCUCGGCCAAGCAGGGGCGCAACGUGGUCGGCCUCUUCCAGGAGCUGCUGAACCAGGUCAACCUGCCCGGGCGCCUCAGCCCGGCCCUGCGGCGCCGCCGGCCCCAGACCUGCUCCAAGGAGCCGCCCCGCCGGAGCGGCAAGAGGCACAGCUGCGCGGUCUGCUAGGCCCGGCGGGGCUGCGAGCGGAGCCCGGGGGCUGCGGGCCCGAGUGCCGGGCGGGAGCGGGGUCCCCCGGCAGCUGGAGUGGAGAGUGGGGCUGUGGCUUCCUCUCUCCCCUUUGCUGGGUUCUGAGGGCAGGGGAAGCCUCAAAGGCAGCUCCCUGCCUCCAGUGAGCUUGUACCUGACCUCUGGGGAUGCUGAUGGGGGGGGUCUCCCAGUCCCCGAUGAGCGCUCACACCCACUGCAGGCCGGGUCUCACUCUGCCAAAGCCUGACCUUCUCGGUCACUGAGGUUACAAGGCUCUUUAAACCAGAGCUGGGUCAAGAUCCCUUCCCUGCACGGGCUGCAGCUUCCAGGGGCCUGACUUGGUUCCCCUGGGUCACCUCUUAUGUCUGCUGAGGGCAGCGGAGUUUUGAAGAGAACAAGAAAGCACCCAGCUGCUCCCUCUGGGGCAGUGAAGGAGCUGCUGGGGCCCAUGCAAUUGGUGUACGCUCCUAACUGAUGCAGCAAGGCCAGAGGGGCCGGCCGGGGGCUCUGAACUGCCUGGCCCAGAGGGCCCGGCUGGGCUCAGCCCUGACACAAACUAAGCACCGCAGAGGGGGCAGCCCUGGUCAGGAAGCUCCUCUGGCUGAGAGGUCAAAUGUUUUCCUGCUGCCGCUCCCAGAGCGCUGCGUCUCCUGGGUCCGACUGAAGGAGACGCAAGGAUGGAAUGAAGGUGCCGAGCUCGGCCUCUGGCACCUCUUACUCCAGGGGAGCAGCCCUGAGCAGGGUUCAGGCAGGGACCCUUCACUGAAAGAAAAGGGAGUGCUGAAAAUGGGGGCUGGGUCGCUCUAGCCCUUGCUGCCUGCCAUGGCUCACAGGAGAUGGCAGCCUUGGUUGGCACCGCUCCCUAGGACACCCUCAUGCUGGACUAGCAGCUGCCUAGAAAUCUAGCCAGCUGUGGUGGGGGAGUGUGAGAAGGUGAGGAAAUGCGGGGGCAGGGGCCGUAUUGUAGAACGCUGCCCCCACCAAAACACUGCUCCAGGAAUUGCACUGUAAUGUGCAUAUGUUACACUACUUGUUUCUUUGUUACAUGACAACUUUGACUUCCUGUAAUAAAUGACUGUGUGGAACGAGUC